AUGGCUUCAUCUAAGAACGUGGUUUUCGACAUCGUCGGUACACUCGUUAGUUACGAUAACCUUUACAAUGCAAUCGACCGCCGCCUAGGUGACCGUCUUCGCGCCGAGGGUAUCAAGCCCUGGCUUCUAGGUUCAGCGUGGAUGGAAACUGCCGAACGCGAAUACACCAAUCUCAGUAUCUCCGGAAGGUAUCUUCCAUACUCACAGGUUUUUGAGUCCCUCUUCUACCGUAUUCUUGGCAUGAUGGGUGGAAUUGAGAAUCCCCGUGCCUUUGCUUCUGCUGAGGACCUUGCAUAUAUCAUGCACGAGUAUCAGUCUCUGACUAUGCGUCCUGGUGCUGCGGAAUGCGUGCAGAAGCUACGUGAUGCUGGAUUUACCGUUUGGGCCUUGACGGCCGCGGAUCUGAAGCGUGUUGGGGGUUAUUUCCAGAAGGCUGGCAUUGAAUUUCCAGCUGAGAAUUUACUUUCUUGUGACUCGGCUGGAGUGGGGAAGCCGGAUUUGGCAGCUUAUCGGCCUUUGUUGGAGAAGUUGACUGUGGAGAAUGGGGGCAAGAUUCCGUGGUUUGCUGCAGCUCAUCUGUGGGAUGUUUCAGCUGCACGAAGAGCUGGAUUCAAGGGGGCAUUUUGUACAGUGCUUGAGCAGGAGGCGUUGACCAAUUUAUUUGGAGAGAUGGAUGUUAUUGAUGAUACUCUCCCAGGAAUGGCUGAGAAGAUUAUCGCCUAUCAGGCAGGGAAUUGA